CCAAUCCAAUCCAAAUAAUACUGUAGUUUAGUUAAGUGUGACUUCGCAGAAACGUGAACUAAAUGCCAAAAAAUAAAAUUGUUCUUUCCAAUUUGUCCUAUUAUUAAUGCUGUGGUUCACUUUCACCUUUAACACCUAGCUAGCUAAUUAUACGCGGUCAGAAAGAGCCGAUUAGGAGAGAGAAGAAGAGGAUUGUACUGGAAGGCGGCUUAGCUUUGGUGCGCUAAUGGCAUCCAUGGCUUCUUCCUCCCCCUCUUUCUCUCUCCAUGGUUCUUCUUCUUCACCUUCUUCUUCGUAUCGUCGUUUCUCUCUUCCUUUCUCAAUCGUGAAGCUUACGUCGUCAACUAAUUCCUUCACUUCUCGAAGAUGUCGAUCCUUGAUUGUCGCUGCUUCUUCGUCGUCGUCUUUUUCUGAUUCGAAUGAGUCUUCGUUUGGUGAUUUCGAGUCUAAAGAUGUUCGUCGCUCUAAGACACCAAUACUCUUGGAUUUGAUCCAAGAUAUUGAACCACUGGAUGUUAGCAUCAUCCAGAAAGAUGUUCCCCCUACUACUAUUGAUGCCAUGAAAAGGACAAUUUCGGGAAUGCUUGGAUUGCUUCCUUCAAAUCAGUUUCAAAUCCUAAUUGAGGCUUUGUGGGAGCCACUCUCUAGAUUGCUGGUAUCUUCAAUGAUGACCGGGUAUACUUUAAGAAAUGCUGAAUACAGGCUAUGUCUUGAGAAAAACCUUGGCAUUCAUGAAGAAGGUAGUGGGAGCCACAAAUCAGAGGCCUUCAAUUUUGGUGUACAGGACCUUUUACUUGACAGUGUCAGAAGAGUCCAAAUUGCUGGUGAAAGUGAGGUUUCAUCUAUCCGUGAGGAAACUGUGGAAAAUCUGUCUGCAGAUUUUAGUAUUGAAGACCUUGGUGAAAUUACCCCUGAAGUCCAGUCUUACAUUCGUCACUUGCGCUCUCGUCUAUCUGCUACCAAGAAGGAGCUGAAAGAAGUUAAAAGAAAGAAUGCUGCCCUUCAGAUGCAACAAUUUGUGGGAGAGGAAAAGAACGAGCUGUUGGAUUACUUGCGCUCAUUGCAACCAGAAAAGGUAGCAGAGUUGUCCGAACCAACCUCUUCUGAAGUGAAAGAAACCAUUCAUUCUGUUGUCCAUGGUUUGCUUGCUACAUUAUCUCCAAAGAUGCACUCCAAGGCUCCCCCUCUAUCGGAGAAGAAUGCUUCAGGAGCUUUAAAUGUAGGAAAUGAAGACUGUGCAGAACUUCUAGAAAAUACUUCACUUAAUUUUCAGCCCAUAAUUUCAUUAACAAGAGACUACCUUGCACGACUUCUGUUCUGGUGCAUGCUGCUGGGACACUACCUUAGAGGUCUCGAAUAUCGAACACAACUGAUGGAACUACUCUCACUUUCACCAAACAAUGAAAAUGAUCGCCAAGACAAUGAGCAGGUUACCUGAAAGCUUGAAAUUUUCGUCUUGUAUUGCUAUCAUCCUAAUGAUGAUGAGGGAGAGAGUGCCUGAAAAUGCAUUAUCUACCUAUCUGAUUGUAAGCUUUGAAAGAAAAAGGCACAAUCAAAAUGAUCAAUGUUCUCAACGAGGGCUGUAGUAUUAUGUAUUAUCUAAUAGUUGUUAAUGUGCUUUUUUCUUCAGCCUUCCUUAGGCGAGUGUUUUUGAUGUAGAAUUUUCCAUUUCGUGUUUGUUACUUGUAUGAUACAGAGUUGAGCGAUAUUUUAUACAAUAGAAUGAGAAAUUAUUAGGAAAAAAAGUUUACUUUAGCUUA